AUGAGACGAGAACGUGUUUAUUUCGAUCAUUCAAAUCCGCUGGAAUAUAUGACAGAAAAUCGAUUUUUAGCACGUUAUCGAUGUCCAGAACAAGCAGUAGUAGAUUUAUUAAACGAAAUUGAACAUCAUCUCCAACGUCCAAUCUCUCAUAAUCAUGCAAUACCUUCAGUUAUUCAACUUUUAACGACAUUAUGUUUUUAUGCCAAUGGUUCGUUCUUUUGUACGGAUGGUGAUGUUCGGAGAUUAUCUAAAACGUCUGUUCCAGCAGAAUAG